AUGAUAUUAGAUUGCCAGCUCUUGUGUAACACUGCUACUUUCUUUAUGUUACAGGAAGUACUCGAGAGGGAGUGUAUCGCCCUCUACAGUGAGGAGUUGCUGCCUCCUGAAGCAUCAUCGGAACACUGGAGAUGGGGGCAGCAUGUCGAGUAUCUGCGGCUGCAGAAUACUAUCCAAUGGCACCUUCACCAGCUUGCCAUGACGCUCUGGGAGAGGGAGCAGAAGCUGCAGGAGGCUGCUGGUGAGGAACAACAGGCAAGUCCUGCAGCUGAGGGAGAAGAGGAAGGAGCUCCUGCGGUGGAGGAGGAGAAGGAAGAGGGAGCUCCUGGAGAACAACAAGCUCCUGCAGCAGAGAAGGUGGAGGGAGAACAGGGAGCCCCUGGGGACGUACCACAUCCUACACAGGAGGAGGAGAAAGACGAGGGAGCUCUUGAAGAACAACAAGCUCCUGCAGCAGAGGAGGAGAAUGAAGACGGAGCUCCAGAAGAACAGCAAGCUCCUGCAGCGGAGCAGGAGAUAGAAGAGGGAGCCCCUGGGGAACAGCAAGCUCCAGCUGCUGAGGAGAAGAAAGAGGGAGCUGAUGGAUCACAGCAAGCUCCUGCAGCACAAGAGGAGAAGGAAGAGGGAGCUCCAGGAGAACAGCAAGCUCCUGCAGCGGAGGAGGAGAAGGAAGAAAAGGGAGCUAAUGAAGAACAGCAAGCUCCUGCAGUGAAGGAGGAAAGAGAAGAGGGAGCUGAAGGAGAACAGCAAGCUCCUGCUGCUGAGGAGGAGGAGAAAGCCCGUGGGGAACAACAAGCUCCUGCAGUGGAGGAGGAGAGAGAAGCUCCUGCUGCAGAGGAUGAUGAGAGAGAAGAGGGAGCCCCUGGACAAGAGCAAGCUCUUGCUUCUGCUGAGGAGGAGAGAGAAGAGGGAGCCCCUGAGGAACAACAGGCUCCUGCACCGGAGGAGGAGAAAGAAGAGGAAGUAGCUAAAGAACAAGCUCCUGAGAUGGAAGAAACCAUCGAAGAUCCUCCGGUGGUAGAAAGGCCGACCCUCCGAAAACGGGUCAAGAAGGCCAUAAUGAAGAGGCUUCGCAGGGUUUGGGUAAUGUAUCAAUUUACUGACAAUUACCCUUCUUCUAGAGAUACCUCAUGUUGUCCAAUGCAGCUCCACUUUACUUCCUGCUCUUCUGAGCAUUUUCAAUCAGAACAAUAGAAAGGAAGUCAUACACCCUGUCUGUUGAGCCCGCAGG